ACCGUUCACCAGGAGCGCAAGUGGUUCUAGCAUCUCGCGUGACCAAUGAACGCGUCGCUGUCAGGGGCAACCGCGUCUGUCAAGCCUUUCUGUCCAAUCACGAGCGGAGCGAGGGAGAAACGCAAGGCGCGCGCCUUCACUCGGCGCUGGGGAGCCGCCUGUGGCACAAAAAAGUAAGCGUGAAACGCGUCGACGCGAGCAAAGCCCCCCUCGUCUCUCCCUCUCUGCUCUGUCUCUCUCACUCUCUCUCUCUUCCUGUGCCCUGCUGGAGGCGAUGGCGACCGCGGCGUCCAACCACUACCGCCUCCUGACGUCGAGCGCGUCCGAAGCGGGAAGCAUGCAGCAGGCGCCAGCUUACAGGGACGCGCCGAGCCUGCUGCACAGCGACUACACGACGCUCCAGAGCGCCGCCAACCCGCUCGGCCACGCGCACCAGUGGCUCGCGGCGCUCUCGCACGGCGACGGCUCUCCGUGGUCCGAGCAGGACAUCAAGCCCGCGCUGCACGGCGACGCCGACGAGCUCCAGCACUCUCCGAGUCUGCAGCCGCAGCAGCAGCAACAGCAACAGCAGCAGCAGCAGCAGCAACAGUCGCGAGCGACUCAUUUGGUGCACGAGGGCGCGCAUCACCAGGAUCAUCACUGGAGGGCGAGCACAACGGCGCACAUGGCCAGCAUGACGAGUUCAAACGGACCGAGCAUGAUCUACUCGCAGCCGGGAUACGGAGGCGAGCAGGGCAUGCACCACCACGCAAAUACCCUGAGCGAGGCGCACGAGGACGAACCGAGCCCGCGCAUCAGCGAGCACGGCCACGCGCCGAGCCUCCGCCCGGGCCAGCACGAGCACUCGGACGAAGACGUGCCCACAUCCGACGACCUGGAGCACUUCGCCAAGCAGUUCAAGCAGCGGCGCAUCAAGCUCGGUUUCACGCAGGCCGACGUGGGCUUGGCGCUCGGCACGCUUUACGGCAACGUGUUCUCGCAGACCACGAUUUGUAGAUUCGAGGCGCUGCAGCUCAGCUUCAAGAACAUGUGCAAGCUCAAGCCGCUGCUGAACAAGUGGCUCGAGGAGGCCGACUCCACUUCGGGCAGCCCCACGAGCCUGGACAAAAUCGCCGCGCAGGGCAGGAAGAGGAAAAAGCGCACCUCCAUCGAAGUGGGCGUCAAGGGCGCACUGGAGAGCCAUUUCCUAAAGUGCCCUAAACCCGGUGCGGCUGAGAUUAACGCUCUGGCGGACAGUCUGCAGCUGGACAAGGAGGUCGUGCGGGUCUGGUUCUGCAACAGGCGGCAAAAAGAGAAGCGGAUGACGCCUCAGUGCGCUCCGUUAACCGACAACAAGGACGUGUACGGGGACACGCCGCCGCACCACGGCGAUCGGACACCAGUUCCGUGAUUUCGGGGGGCGGCGGGGGGAAUUUCCGUGAUUUUUAUUCACCACCUGCACAAGCUCGGACCGUGUCUUUGUCUCCGCUACAACGGCCCAUUCACGGUGGCCCGAGCCGCACGAGAGCCUACGUGACACCGCAUAGGUGUUGCAUGUUGUUGCCCGAACAAUGCGGACAAGGGCGGGCGACGGGGACGCAUGUGUCGCAUAAGACGCUCGCGCUUCACGGAAACCCAAACAGGCGAGGGGCCAUGACAAAAACAAUACGCUUCAUCCAAGCUUAGGAGCCCAAGGAUGUGUGAAAGCACGUCACAUCGGGUUGGAGCAGAGAGCUGGGGAAAGGGCGUUCAAACACGCCAUCUUCCCGUCAGGGCCACAAAACGUGUCAACACGCGCCGAUGCGUCUGCCGUUCACU